UGCAUGCUCUUCAUUUCCCGUGAGCCGCUCCAAGAAUGAAGAUGGGAGGAACUCUGCCUUUUUCUCUCCUUUUCACGAUCAUCCUCUCCACUGCGGCGGCCGCCGCCGCCGCCGCCGGUGGCCUUGGGGUCUCUGACGACGAACUGAUAGACAAACAGCAUUACAUCGUUUACAUGGGUGAUCUGCCUUCUUUUGCGGAGUCGUCCACAGUGGCCAUCGAUAUGCAUUUUGAUGUCCUCUCCACCGCCGUUGGAGGCAUGGACACAGCUAAGAACGUGAUCGUCCACAACUACGCAAAGAGUUUCAGCGCAUUCGUCGCGAAACUAUCGCCAGGAGAGGCUGACAGCAUUAAAGAUGCUAAGGGUGUGCUCACAGUCUUCCCUAACAAAUAUCACAAGCUCGACACCACAAGAUCAUGGGACUUUAUAGGGUUUCCUCAAAACGCAGAGAGAAACCUGCAAGAAGAGAGCAACGUCAUUGUAGGUGUCAUGGAUACAGGAAUUGAGCCUACUUCUGAGAGUUUCAACGACAAGGGAUUUGGUCCGCCACCGGAGAAAUGGAAGGGGCGCUGCGGUCCAUACACUAACUUCUCCGGUUGCAACAACAAACUCAUUGGUGCAAAGUACUUCAACCUUGAAGGUGCACCAGUUCCAGGUGACGUACUGUCCCCAACUGACGUUCAAGGCCAUGGCACCCAUACUGCUUCCACUGUGGCUGGUGCAGCUGUGCCGGGAGCUAACCUUUACGGCUUGGCUUCCGGCACGGCUCGGGGCGCCGUCCCUUCGGCCAGGGUUGCCGCCUACAAGGUGUGCUGGCUCGGGCUUGGUUGCUCAGACAUGGACCUGCUUGCGGCGUUCGAUGCGGCCAUCGCUGAUGGCGUUGACGUGAUCUCGGUAUCGAUCGGCGGAUCUUCCAGUGAUUUCUUCACCGACACCAUCUCCAUCGGCGCCUUCCACGCGAUGAAGAAGGGGAUCAUGACAGUUUGCUCCGCCGGAAAUAGUGGACCCUCUGCUGGAACCGUCCAGAAUUAUGCUCCAUGGAUCUUCACCGUCGCUGCUAGUGCAACGGACAGACAAUUCAGAAGCCAAAUUUCUCUGGGCAAUGGAAUGAAACUUGCCGGAAUCGGAAUCAACACAUUUACUCCUGCGAAGACGGCGUAUCCUCUGGUUACUGGCGACGAAAUCGGCAAACCUGACUCCAGCUUGGCCGAGUUCUGCUCGGGUGACGCACUGGACCCUGAGAAGGCAAAAGGAAAGGUUGUGUAUUGUAAGGCACUGGAGCCAGGGGUAUCUGAAAGCGUUCAGAUGGUUGGAGGUGAAGGUUUCAUUCUUGAGACCACCCAAUACUUGGACACGGCAGCUGCAUAUUCAUUGCCUGGAACUGUGGUUAGCCCUCGCCAGGGCAAGAUCAUUACCGAAUACUUGAACUCUACAAGGAACGCAACUGUGGAGAUCUCAAAAUCCUUCGCUGCCAACAUUAAAGCCCCAUUUGUGGCCACGUUCUCUUCCCGUGGCCCAGGCCCUUCCUCUCUAAGGUUCAUCAAGCCUGAUAUUGCAGCACCUGGAGUCGACAUUUUGGCAGCCUACAGCACAUUGACUUCCAUGACAGGAACCAGUGGUGACACUCGAGUUGUGAAGUUCAUGAUGAUGUCCGGCACCUCAAUGGCCUGCCCUCAUGUUAGUGGCGUGGCUGCCUACGUCAAAUCCUUCCAUCCGACUUGGUCUCCGGCCAUGAUCAAAUCAGCCAUCAUGACCACAGCGACCCCUAUGAGCUCACAGAACGACAAAGAGGCAGAAAUGGCCUAUGGUUCAGGACAGCUGAACCCAGUAAAGGCUCUGCACCCAGGGCUAGUUUACGACACGGACGAGCACGGCUACAUGAGCUUCCUCUGCAGCCAGGGGUACAUGGAAUCCAACUCCCUGAAGAUCAUUACCGGCAAUAAAUCCAUCAACUGCGCCGACUUCCCCAAGGCCAUGGGCUUCGAUGACCUGAACUACCCCUCCAUGUUCAUGACCGUCCCGCCGGCGGACAACAAGACCAGCCAACCCCAGCCAACCACGGCCAUCUUCGUCCGGAAGCUCACCAACGUCGGCCCGCCCCAAUCCGAGUACAGCGCCAAGGUCGAGUGCCCGCCGGACGUCUCCGUCACCGUCCAGCCGCCCAAUUUCUCCUUCAACCACACUCACCAGAAGUUUUCGUUCAUGGUCAUCGUCAAAGCCAAGCCCUCCUUCAACGAUUACAUCCGGUCGGCCGCGCUUAUUUGGUCCGACUCCGUUCGCACCGUCCGGAGCCCCAUAGUUAUCAUGUCAAGUUAAACAAAAUACUGACAUCUUUCUAGCUUUUUUGGCUACAAAAAAGAAAGCAAACCUUGUUCUUCAUAAAUUUACGAAUGGUAGUAACAGGAAGUUGCCAGAUUUCUUACUCUCUUUUUUUUCCCCCUCAUUUUUGAUCGGCCACUGUAAAAUGAAGGCUCUUGAAUCUCUGUAAUAGCUCGAGCCAAGCAAGAAAGAAGUUCAUUGGUACUAAAAAUUUUGGCAUUGGAAGUUCUCUUCCUGUAAUUAGGCACUUUGUACUAAUUGUUUCUACACAAUCUAUAGAAUCUGUUGCUGUCUUGAAGAAUUA